UUCCACUGUCAUUCAUAUGUUGUGAAGUAACAACAUGCAAUUCCUGUUUGUUCUCUUUCUCUCAGAGGGUGUAUCUCCUGUGGGAAGAGAGAGAAUCUUCUUGCAAGGUGAUGAUGGAGCCACUGGAUUAUUAACACGGACCAUCAUUGUUGGUUAUUGAAACAGAUGAGAAGUGAGGUCCUCACUCAAAACAGCUGAAUGGCGAGGUUCUACUGUCGCUGGCGGAGGGUGGUAUUGUGCGUGUGCAGUCUGUUCACCAGUCUGGUCCUGCUCUUCCUCUAUGUUGGCAUCUUGUUGACUAUGGGCAUGACGGACACGACAACAUCUGGUACGGAUAGGGAUCAUUUUAUUGCACCGGGUGCUUCGAGAAACAACGGCUAUGCCCCAUGCGCUAAAACUUUCUGGCAGAACAACCAGCAUGGGAAUGCCUUCUGGAACAAUCUCCAGCUGGUGGUUGACUACCGUUUUAACCCCAUAAUGAGCCUCCACAACAGCAGCAGGUCAUGUGACAAAAGAACAUUUUAUGAGUCGGUACGGAGGCAAAGCUUUUCUAAAGUUAAGGGUAUGUUAAACUCAGAUGAGCUCCCGGAGAUGCUGCAAGACUUUGUGAGCUCCAUGCACCGGAGGGACUACUCAACCCUCAUACAGCCAAAUGGAGUAUGUGGAGCUGGGGCAACAGAUGAGAAGGAGGCCCCUUUGCUUCUUCUGGCCAUCAAGUCAACAGAGCUUAACUUUAAGAACAGACAAGCCAUUAGAAAGACGUGGGGUCAGGCAGGGUGGGUGUCAGGACAAAGCAGCAAAGGAGAAGAAGGAGGAGGAUACGUCCGCAGGAUCUUCCUGCUCGGCAGAGAAAACUAUGACGACUUGGGUGGAAAUCCGUUAGAGCUAUUGCAGAGAGAGAGUGAACUUUAUGGAGACAUUCUGCAGUGGGACUUUAUGGACACGUUUUUCAACCUCACUUUGAAGGAUGUGCUCUUCUGGAAGUGGUUCUCACGUUACUGCAACAAGACCCGUUUUGUCUUUAAAGGAGACGAUGAUGUCUUUGUCAACACAGUGAAAAUGAUGACUUAUCUGCAGGACCAACUGAAGGAGCCCCAAGCAGACAAAGAGAUGAAAAACUUCAUGGUUGGAUAUGUGAUCGGUGGAGCAUCGCCCAAACGAAAUAACAGGUCCAAGUACUUCAUCCCUGACAGUUUCUACCGAGGCCUCUAUCCUGCAUAUGCAAGUGGGGGAGGGGUGAUUUACUCAGGUCAGCUGACCAAACGUCUGCACAAAAUAUCUGAAAGGGUUCACCUCUUCCCUAUCGAUGACACUUACGUAGGUAUGUGUAUGAUUCGGCUGAACACCUUCCCGGCCCACCACUCUGCCUUCCUCAUAUUUGACUUUGCUGGAAAUGAGGAGGACGAGGGCUGUUCAUACCACAAAAUCCUGGUGGUCCACAAACGAAGUCCCAGUGAGAUGAUUGAAACGUGGGCUCAGUUAAAGACACAGACACAGUGUUGGGACGCUCCUCUCAGGCAGCACUGAGGCCAGAAGAGAUACCAAGACACUCAUGAUCAGAUUGUGAAAGCUUCUUAGAUUGUGGAAGGGUCUGAAUAUGGGUGAAUAUGAAUUUUGAUAUUGAUUUUAUACAAACUUUAUACUUAACUGGUUUCAGCUUUGUGAGUACAUUUAAUGUAUAACAUAUAUUGUGUGACCUACAUGUAUGUAUUGUAGAGUCUUUAGUUGUGCAAAACAUAAAAUAAAAUCCAGUGGGAUUAUAUCAUCAUCA